CUUGUAGACCCUAAACCCUAGAUUCCAAACAAAAUAGCCAACCAUCAUUUGGAUUGCAAUUGAAUACAAUAAGUUCGAGACAGCACUGCACAGACCGUUAAAGCACUCAACCAGUCAAUAGGUGCUAAAUGUGCAUCACGCGCCCAAAUGCCGGGCGGUGUCUGCCGUACCGGCUCCCCGGUAGCCGCGUCUACCGCAGCCGGGAGUAUGGUUCAACUUCAGUACGUUCAAAAUAUCAUAAAACAACGCCGCAAACCGCUGUUAACACUUGGUUAACAGCUGUACGCGCGCUCGUCAGUGCUGGUUAUUGGUAAAAGAUUGACAAGGUGUUCGAUUUGAUUGGAGAUUUCAAAAGAAAGGCUGCCGGCGGCGAUGUCAGCUUCAGACUUUCUUCAUGCCGGCUGCAAAAGCAGAACAUACGCACUUCUGCCAGAAAUGAGCAUUGAUAUGUCGGCGAUUGGGUGUGCGAAACCUUUGUGGCCCAUACAAUGUAUUGGAGCGAUGAAACUGAUAGCCGGGUGUUCUAACUAUAAAUAGUGAAAUUCAAUACACGAAAGGGUAUCAGUUGCAUCGAGCAGUUCAAUCAGUUAAGUUAUAGCUUAAGUUAAAUCCCAAACAACAUGUUGAAGUUAUCAAUUCUUAUCGUGGCUCUGUUUGGAGUAGCCUUAGCCUCGAGGCAUCAUGGAUAUGUGACACAUGUGAAGCAUGUUCCCUUUAAAGCGUCUGAGGCAACCGAGUCUGCCCAAGAAAGUGAACAAGCAGUAGCUGAUGGUGCUCAGGAAAGUGGUCAAAGUGAAGGGCAAGAAGCUGGACUCAAUGCAGAAGGUGCCCAAGAAGAAAAUGCAUCAGGAUUGGAUGAGGAAGCUGAUAAAACGGAAAGUGACCAGAUUGACAAUCAACUUCAAUCUCAAGGGGCUUACGGAGGGCAGCAGGAAGAUGAUGAAUUCGGAUCCAGUCACUUCACAUAUCCAAAAUACAAGUUCGAAUACGGUGUGCGAGACUUCCACACUGGGGAUCACAAAAGCCAGUGGGAAAUUCGUGAUGGAGAUUUUGUGAAGGGAGAAUAUACGCUGGCAGAUGCCGAUGGAACACAAAGAAUCGUGAAGUACAGAGCCGAUGAUAAAAACGGAUUCAGAGCUGAUGUGAGGCAACUGGGGAAGGGAUUUGCCCAACAGGAAGCACAGGAAGAAAGUCUAGAUGGACAGAAUGAAAUUGGCGAGAAAUUUGGGUACAGCUACAGUAAACUGAGGCGGUAUCAUUAGUGUGGAGAAGUAGAAUUUAAUGUAGAUUUUGAAAUUUUUAAAAUAAUGUUAAUUAAGAAAACAAAUAAAAAGUCACCGAUUAUUACAACACAACAAAUACCAAGUGAUUUUCUUCAGCAUCCAUGUUCUUCUCCGUCUUCUUUUUUGUUGUUGUUUUGAUUGUAUUUUUCCUGAUUUUUUGGUGUUUAAUCUAGCUUACAGCUCUAUUGUACAUUUGUGCACUACGUGAGCGAUUUCAAUUGACAGCUGCACUGACACUUU